AUGGCAAAUUCAAAGGGCUCAUCGGGUUUCAAAAAUUUUAUGUAUCCUGGAAAGCAUGCUCUACUUCCUCCUAAAAGUCCGUUUCCUAGUGUUUCCCAAGCUUACGCUGAUUAUGUCCCAAAUCCAACUAUUGGUUUAAAGGGUGGCAACAGACCUAGAGAGGGAAUCCCGCACCACCAACGUACAUCAUCUGAGAGCCUUGUUAUAGAGGAGCAGCCUUCAUGGCUUGAUGAUCUCCUUAAUGAGCCAGAGACACCUGUUCGAAGAGGUGGACAUCGGCGUUCAUCAAGUGAUUCUUUUGCGUAUAUAGACGCAGUGAAUGCAUCUAACAUCAAUUAUGCUGAUCAGGACGAGUAUAAAUAUAAGAAUUUGAUGCCUAUUCCGUCUUGGUUAUCUCAAGACUUUGACCGCAGCAAAGAUGCUCGUCAUCUACCUGUUUAUCAAGAAAUGAGCUUAGCUAAACAGAAGAAUAGGUCAUGGGACUCUUUCUCAAAUGCCAUGACAAGUCCAGUUGGUGUUUCUUCUUCUGGCAAAGACAGUGCAGCUUUUCAGAGCUCAGGAUUGCCAUGUACACCACAUGAAGCAGAUGGGCUACAACCAUCUGCAACUGAAAAGCACGAUUCAGUAGAAUCUGGCUUGCAGGAUGCAAAAUCAUUUUCUGAAAAAAAGGACAAUUCACAUGCAAAGUUAUCUGCCUCUGAAACUGAUACAAAACGUGCUAAACAGCAAUUUGCUCAGCGUUCACGGGUCCGGAAACUUCAAUACAUAGCUGAGCUGGAAAGAAAUGUACAAGCUUUACAGGCAGAAGGGUCUGAAGUCUCGGCUGAGCUUGAGUUUCUUAACCAGCAGAAUCUUAUCCUGAGUAUGGAGAAUAAAGCACUCAAUCAACGUUUAGAAAAUAUAGCACAAGAACAGCUUAUCAAAUAUUUGGAGCAGGAAGUGCUGGAAAGAGAGAUUGGAAGAUUACGUGCAUUAUAUCAGCAGCAGCAACAACAGCCACCAACUAAGCAACAACAGCAACCAUCUGGUAGUCACAGACGCUCGAACAGCAGAGACCUCGAAUCUCAGUUUGCAAACCUUUCUCUAAAACACAAGGACACCACCAAUUCAGGGCAAGACCCUGCUCUCAGAAUUUAG